AUGGCACCAAAAGCAAAAAUCGUUUUAGUUGGCUCAGGUAUGAUUGGAGGAGUAAUGGCUACCUUAAUUGUUCAGAAAAAUUUAGGAGAUGUAGUUUUAUUUGAUAUUGUAAAGAACAUGCCACAUGGAAAAGCUUUAGAUACAUCUCAUACUAAUGUUAUGGCCUAUUCAAAUUGUAAAGUAAGUGGUUCAAACACUUAUGACGAUUUAUUAGGAGCAGAUGUAGUAAUAGUAACAGCUGGAUUUACCAAGGCCCCAGGAAAGAGUGACAAAGAAUGGAAUAGAGAUGAUUUAUUACCAUUAAAUAAUAAAAUUAUGGUUGAAAUUGGUGGUCAUAUUAAGAAGAAUUGUCCAAAUGCUUUUAUUAUUGUUGUAACAAAUCCAGUAGAUGUUAUGGUUCAAUUAUUACAUCAACAUUCAGGUGUUCCAAAAAACAAAAUUGUUGGAUUAGGUGGUGUAUUAGAUACUUCAAGAUUGAAAUUUUAUAUAUCUCAAAAAUUAAAUGUAUGCCCAAGAGAUGUCAAUGCACACAUUGUUGGUGCUCAUGGAAAUAAGAUGGUUCUUUUAAAAAGAUAUAUUACUGUAGGUGGUAUCCCAUUACAAGAAUUUAUUAAUAACAAGUUAAUAUCUGAUGCUGAAUUAGAAGCUAUAUUUGAUAGAACUGUUAAUACAGCUUUAGAAAUUGUAAACUUACAUGCAUCACCAUAUGUUGCACCUGCUGCUGCUAUUAUCGAAAUGGCUGAAUCCUACUUAAAAGAUUUGAAAAAAGUAUUAAUUUGUUCAACAUUGUUAGAAGGACAAUAUGGACACUCAGAUGUAUUUGGUGGCACACCUCUUGUUUUAGGUGCCAAUGGUGUUGAACAAGUUAUUGAAUUACAAUUAAAUAGCGAAGAAAAAGCUAAAUUUGAUGAGGCCAUAGCUGAAACGAAGAGAAUGAAGGCAUUAGCUUAA